AGUUCCGGUACUUAAAGAUAUAAAUGACAAUAAUAUAUAAACAAUGAUCAUUUAUUCAGCCAAUCAGUUAUAAAAUGUUUAAAUUAGCAUUUACUUUGGUUAUUUUGGGAGCGUUGUGCCCUAAUAUUGUUCAAUCUAAAUCACCACCUUUAGGAGUGCGAGGAGGAGACAAUGCCAAAGACGGCGAAUUUCCCUACAUGGUGGAAAUAAGACAAAAAGGAUGUUUUAUUUGUGGUGGUACUAUAAUUAACGAAAACUGGAUUCUUACAGCUGGUCAUUGUAUCAAUGAGACUGAAAUCGGGAAGUCAGGUGGAUAUUCAAUAGUUUACGGCACCAGAUGGUUGUAUAAUUGCUACGACUCAGAUCCCGACCCUGAAACUGUUAUAAACGUAAAAGUUCUUCACAGACAUCCAAAAUGGGGUAAUUUACCAUUUACCAAUAUUCCUAGUUAUGACGUCGGACUUUUAGAGCUUAAUUCUAGUAUACCAUAUUCUUCACUGGCUCAACCAAUAAUUUUAACAGAAUCUCAAGAGGAGUUACCAAUAGGAACUGCAGGAAAUUUAACAGGGUGGGGAGCAGCUGUAGUUGGCAACAAACCCAUACAAAACCUACAAAAAUUAAAAAUUGCCGCCUUGCCAAAUGAAGAAUGCUCGGCCAAGAUUGAUAAUGUGCAAGAAAACGUUUAUUUUAAUAAAACUCAGUUCUUUUGCACCAAUGAUACCGACAAUGGAGCAUGUAGUGGUGACUCGGGAAGCCCGUGGGCUUUUAACGGAAUCCAAUAUGGAAUAGUGUCUUGGUCUAUUUAAGCCUUGUGGUGCCUAUCCAGCUGCCUUCACCAGAGUAGCGUUGCCCGAUAAUAGAGGGUGGAUAAGAAAUGUAACUGGAAUAUAAUUAUUUUUAUAUUUUUUAUAAAAAAAAACAUUAAAUUUAGAAA